AUUCAGGAGACUGGAGCGACCCCGGUCCUUGCCGCUGCUCCCCAGCACCCCUUUCGGCUGCCUGGAGCCCCUUACCUUGUGCUGGUCCGUUGGUUGGCUGCUGCGUCUGGCCGGUGAGGGAGCCACAAAGAAGCCGGUCCUGAAGCUGUCCAGCUGACAUGGCAGCUCCAGCGUCUCUGAAGACCGAAGGGGGUCCGGUCCUGCAGGGGACAUCAUAGACCUUGGACAGCUGGACAGCCUGCCAUCUGUGCUCCCGCUAGCCAGGCCAGAUCUCAGGCCGUUCACCAUGGGUGGCUGCUUCUCCAAGCCCAAGCCAGUGGAACUCAAGAUUGAAGUGGUGCUGCCUGAGAAAGAGCGGGGCAAGGAGGAGCUGUCGGCCAGCGGAAAGGGCAGCCCCCUGGCUUACCAGGGCAAUGGCACAGCCCGCCACUUCCAUGCUGAGGAGCGUCUGCCCACCCCACAGCCCUACCCCAGCCCUCAGGACUGUGUGGAGGCUACUGUCUGCCAUGUCAAGGACCUUGAGAAUGGCCAGAUGCGGGAAGUGGAGCUGGGCUGGGGGAAGGUGUUGCUGGUGAAGGACAAUGGGGAAUUUCAUGCCCUGGGCCACAAAUGUCCGCACUAUGGAGCACCGCUGGUGAAAGGUGUACUGUCCCGGGGCCGUGUGCGUUGCCCCUGGCAUGGUGCCUGCUUCAACAUCAGUACUGGGGACCUAGAGGACUUCCCAGGCCUGGACAGUCUGCAUAAGUUCCAGGUGAAGAUUGAGAAGGAGAAGGUGACUGUCCGGGCAAGCAAGCAGGCCCUGCAGCUGCAGCGAAGGACAAAGGUGAUGGCCAAGUGUAUAUCUCCAAGUGCUGGCCACAGCAGUGGCACCAAUGUGCUCAUAGUGGGUGCAGGUGCUGCUGGCCUGGUGUGUGCAGAGACACUGAGACAGGAGGGCUUCUCAGACCGCAUCGUCCUUUGCACCCUAGACCGACAUCUGCCCUAUGACCGGGCCAAGCUCAGCAAGUCCCUGGAUGCACAACCGGAGCAGCUGGCCCUAAGGCCCAAGGAAUUCUUCCGGGCCUAUGGCAUCGAGAUGCUCACUGAAGCCCAGGUGGUCACAGUGGAUGUGAGGAACAAGAAGGCUGUGUUCAAGGAUGGCUUCAAGCUGGAGUACAGCAAGCUGUUGCUGGCACCAGGAAGCAGCCCUAAGACCCUGACCUGCAAAGGCAGAGAUGUGGAGAAUGUGUUCACCAUCCGCACACCCGAGGACGCCAAUCACGUCCUGCGGCUGGCCCGUGGCCGCAACGCUGUUGUUGUGGGAGCGGGCUUCCUGGGGAUGGAGGUGGCUGCCUAUCUAACUGAGAAGGCCCACUCAGUGUCUGUGGUGGAGCUGGAGGAGACACCCUUCCGGAGGUUCCUGGGGGAACGUGUCGGUCGUGCCCUUAUGAAGAUGUUUGAAAACAACCAUGUGAAGUUCUAUAUGCAGACAGAGGUGCUGGAGCUGCGGGCUCAGGAGGGCAAGCUGCAGGAGGUGGUACUGAAGAGCAGCAAGGUUCUUCGGGCAGAUGUCUGUGUGGUUGGCAUUGGUGCAGUGCCUGCCACAGGCUUCCUGAGGCAGAGUGGCAUCAGUCUGGAUUCCCGAGGUUUCAUCCCAGUCAACAAGAUGAUGCAGACCAACAUCCCAGGCGUGUUUGCUGCUGGUGAUGCUGUCACCUUUCCUCUUGCCUGGAGGAACAAUCGGAAAGUGAACAUUCCACACUGGCAGAUGGCUCAUGCCCAGGGGCGGGUAGCAGCUCAGAACAUGCUGGCACAGGAGGCGGAGAUCAACACAGUGCCCUAUCUGUGGACUGCCAUGUUUGGCAAGAGCCUCCGCUAUGCUGGCUACGGAGAAGGCUUCGAUGAUGUCAUCAUUCAGGGGGAUCUGGAGGAGCUGAAGUUUGUGGCUUUUUACACCAAAGGUGACGAAGUGAUUGCUGUGGCCAGCAUGAACUACGAUCCCAUCGUAUCCAAGGUGGCUGAGGUGCUGGCCUCAGGUCGAGCCAUCCGGAAGCGGGAGGUGGAGCUGUUUAUGCUACACAGCAAGUACGUGUGCUCUGCCUUUCCUGUUGACUGUUCUGAGCCUCUUCUUCCCCCAGCCCAAUUAUCAAAUCCUCCUACCCUGCCCAAGUCCACUCCCCUGCUGGGCACGAGGCUCUGACACAGAGCCAUCCCCGCUGCUGUUUUCAAGAGUCCUGUGCUCAUGGUGCCUGGAGUGGAAAACCUACCCUCUUCUGCUCUGACCCAUCACUCUCUCGUCCCUACAGAACCGGUGACAUGUCUUGGCUCACAGGGAGAGGAUCCUGAGCUCUCAUGUGGUGGAUUUGGGCAGGCCUCUGGGCACCAGGGUCAGAGGCCAAGUCCUGGGGGCAAGUGCCAAUCUCCUAUUUCCCAGCAUACCCCAGGGUGGAAUCUGAGUCCUCCCAAGGCCUUCAACUGUCUGCCUCCCCUCCAGAGAGGCUCCUGCUGUCUCCAGAAGAUGGUCUGUCCCAAGGCUCAGCUGCAUUGACAGCUGAUUUUAGAGGCAGGACAGGCUCUGCCUAUUUCCUUUCUUAGGACUAUUUUCCCAGCAAGAGCCUGUAACAUUACCUUAAAAUUAAAACACAUGUAUCUACA